AUGACCCAGUUCCCGUGCUGCAUCAGAGCUGUCUACUACAGCCAGCAAAGAGCCUACGUCGACAGACCAGCAUCACCACCACCACCGCGCUCAUCAACACCGACCACGACCUUACUCAGCGCAUACCUCCUUGCUCAUUGUGAAACCCCAGAGCUAUCCCACUCCGAACUCCUCGACCGAAUCCACUCCGCCCCUAGCACAGAUCAACACUCACUCUUCGUCCCCGUCAACGAUCACACCUUCGACCAGCAGCAGCGACAUACAGCAGAAACCAGCCGCCUCCAAUCAGAGCUCCGCGCCGCCCGCGCCCAGCGCCGCAACCUCCGGCGCGACAUCCGCGAGCUCCAAAGCGGCCGGGUGGACCUGAUCCUCGAGCACCAGGCGCUGUUGUUGCGCCUACGCCGGAUGCACGAGGACCAGAGGCGGCGAGACCUGACGUGGGCGGUAGAGAUGGAGGAUCUGAAGAGUGAGCACGCGAGGCGGGUGCAUGCUUUGGAAGAGAUGCUGAGGGUGGAAGCGAGGAUCAGGCGCUGGGGUGCGGCCUUGGGUUGGGCUUUCUCGGGGGUGAUAGGGGCGAUGAUAGUGGGCUUGUUAUGUGUUGGGAGCAGCUGA